UGCUAGAAUCUGUCUUUUCAGCAGAGACACUGUCUGGCAGUGUUUCUCAUCCACCAUCUUGCUUCUCCCUCUCACGUAUUUUCUUGAUUUAACUGAACCCUGGUCUCCUUUUUAAGUUAGAAAAUUAAUUUGGCAGCUUUCACAGUAUAAGUUUCACUCUACGCAUAUCUGUCUCAUUUCUUGGUAUCUCUAAUGUUCUUUGCAUUUAUGACAGCCUUGCUUUUAUAUUAAUAUUAAUAUUCUUUUUUUUUUCAGAAGAUAAUGGUUAAGUACUGCAAGUAUCAUUUCAGAUGAUCUUCUGAUUGGUAUAAACUGUAAGGUUAGAUUAAGUCCUGCUGUGUUUAUUGAGCAAAAGCUGCUGAACCUUAUGGGAAGCAAGGUGCACAUUCAGUGCAGGAGUGGGUUGAGCAUGUUUAAGCAUAACAAAGUCCCUCACUGAAGGGCCGUAUAGUUGCUUGUAACACUUUUUGCACAACGUAGAGUUUCUCAAAAACUUGAUAUUUAUUAUGUCACUGCCCUUUAUGAGACUAAUGCUAUAGAAGCAUUUAUAUUAACAGUCUGUACCAUUGGUAUACGGGAAUACCAUACAUCAGGCACCCUGGUUCUUGCACCAGACUCAGCAGCAGUAUAUCUCUUGUCAAAGUUAGACAAGCAGGACCAGUGCCCAGGCAUACCUGAAUAAAGUCUCUGCCACCCUGUUUCUCCACAGUAUAAAUCCUGUAUUAGCCAUGUACUUUUUUUAAUAUAAAAGGACUAAUGCUUAAUGCAUUGUGCAUUGAAGUUCAUAUCCCUUCUAUUAUUAUUGUUUUUAUCCCUGCUUCGUUUUUAUUUAAGUUUGCCUGAUACAGAAAGGAUAAAUAUCUAUUUGAAUAUGAGAUUGGGAGGACAUGUCAGGGUUUCUAAUAUCAUUUAAAUUUUGAAGUUGUAAUGUUUUCCUUAUAUGAAGCUGAGGUCUCUGAAAAUUUUAGGAAAUUGACUUUUCACAGGAAAAGACAGAAAAAGAUUUUUAGAAUAUUAGUUAGAUUAGUAGGUGAUUGUGGCAAAGAUUGAAUCAUUUUCUUUCACUUCACACAGCAUGUUGAUUUAGUGGAAAAAGUACAGGCUUUGGAAUUAGAUUGAUUUGGAGUCAUGUAUCUUCACGGCCUUGGGUAAAUAGUUUAAUCUGUCUUAGCUUCAGUUUCCUCAUCUGUGGAAUGGGAAUACCAUUCCUAUUGAGUUAAUGUGAAGAUUAAAUGAGAAAGUAUUUUAAAGGCUCCUUGUACAAUGUCUGGCCUGCUAGUCGUGACUACAUUUAACGGUAUUAAAAUAUCAAGAUCUCCAGGAGCAAGGAUCUUUGUCCUUCACUGAUCUCGGGGGUUACUUUUGUGUUUCCUUAGGGAGGUCGUGCUCACUUGUAUGUCAGGAUUCUAACUUGGUGAGUCUGAAAUUCCCAAAGCAGGAGUGGUUUUCAUGGCCUGUUUCUCUUCCUCAGAGAUGUCUCUGCAAGACUCCACUCUUUCCAGAGAGGGGGACACAGAGGCAGACAUUAUGGCUGCUGUGGUUUUUUCAGCUGGACCUCAGAGUUCUGAAGUUACCCAGCAAGAUGAAGAUCUUCACUUUCAGGAAAAAGAAACAGAAUUGGUAAAGGAAACAGUGACAUUUAAGGAUGUGGCUGUAGACUUCACACUGGAGGAAUGGAGGUUAUUGGACCCUACACAGAGGAACCUGCACAAGGAAGUGAUGCUAGAGAAUUACAGGAAUCUGGUCUCCCUGGGACUUGCAGUUUUCAAACCAGACAUGAUUUCCUAUUUGGAGAAUGGGAAAGGACCAUGGGCCCUGGUGAAAGAAAUUUCAAGAACCUCCUAUGCAAACUUGGAGACCAAACCUGCAACCAAGAGUGCUACACUAACAGAUGAUAUUCCUGAAGAUUUAUCACAGGAGGCCAUAGUAGGGAAACUCACAGAGAGUGGUCUGUGGGAUUCUAGAAUGGGAGGAUUAUGGAAAUUGAAUGACAGGAUAUUAAGAUUGCAAAAUAGUCAGGAGAGUCAUUUGAGUCAAAGAAUAAUUACACACAAGAAAACUCCCACUGAUCAAAGAGAUUUUAAAUUUGGAUCUGAUCUUAUUCCAGAACCAGCAGUUAUCACAGAAGAGUCCCACAACAAAUGCCAAACACAUGAGGAAAAUUUCCCAGAGAAUUUAGAUUUGAUUACAAAUACCCAUUUAGGGAAGAUAAUUUGCAAGGUUACACAAGGUAGCAAAGCCAUAAGGCAAACUUCAGAACUUACUUUGGGGAAAAAGUCUAAUAAUAAAGAAAAACCCUAUGAAUGUAGUACAUGUGGAAAGGCCUUUCGUUAUAGGUCAUUAGUCAUUCAACAUCAAAGAACUCACACUAAAGAAAAACCUUAUGAGUGUAAUGAAUGUGGGAAAACAUUCAGCCAGCUUUCAUAUCUCAGUCAGCAUAAAAAAAUUCACACUGGAGAAAAACCUUAUAAAUGUAAUGAAUGUGGAAAGGCCUUCAUUGCUUCUUCAUCACUUAUGGUACAUCAGAGAAUCCAUACUAAAGAGAAACCUUAUCAAUGCAAUGUCUGUGGAAAAUCAUUUAGCCAGUGUGCCCGUCUUAAUCAGCACCAGAGAAUUCAAACUGGAGAGAAACCAUAUAAAUGUAGUGACUGCGGGAAAGCUUUUAGUGACAAAUCAAAACUUACAAGACAUCAGGAAACUCACAAUGGUGAGAAACCCUACAAAUGUAAUGAUUGUGGGAAAGCCUUUAGGAAUAAGUCAUAUCUUAGUGUACAUCAGAAGACCCAUACCGAAGAGAAACCAUAUAAAUGCAAUGAGUGUGGGAAAUCUUUUAAGAAUACCACAAUUUUUAAUGUUCAUCAGAGAAUUCAUACUGGAGAGAAACCUUUUAGAUGUAACGAAUGUGGAAAAGCCUACAGAAGUAAUUCAAGCCUUAUUGUACAUAUAAGAACUCAUACUGGGGAAAAACCCUAUGAAUGUAGUGAAUGUGGGAAAGCAUUCAACCGCAUAGCAAAUUUCACAGAACAUCAGAGAAUUCAUACAGGGGAAAAACCCUAUAAAUGUAAUGAAUGUGGGAAAGCAUUCAUUAAUUAUUCAUGCCUUACUGUCCACCACAGAAUGCAUACAGGAGAGAAACCUUAUAAAUGUAAUGAAUGUGGAAAGGCCUUCAUGCGUUCUUCUUCUCUAAUUAUACAUCAGCGUAUUCAUACUGAAGAGAAACCUUAUCUAUGUAACGAAUGUGGGGAAUCAUUCAGAAUAAAAUCACACUUAACCGUACAUCAGAGGAUUCAUACUGGAGAGAAACCAUAUAAAUGUACCGACUGUGAGAGGGCAUUCACCAAAAUGGUUAAUCUCAAGGAGCAUCAGAAAAUUCAUACUGGAGUGAAACCCUAUAAAUGUUAUGAUUGUGGAAAAUCUUUCAGGACUAAGUCAUACCUUAUUGUACAUCAAAGGACACAUACUGGAGAAAAACCCUAUAAAUGUAAUGAAUGUGAGAAAGCCUUCACUAAUACAUCACAGCUUACUGUGCAUCAACGAAGGCAUACUGGAGAGAAACCCUAUAAAUGUAAUGAAUGUGGAAAGGUUUUCACAAGUAACUCAGGCUUUAAUACCCAUCAGAGAACACAUACUGGAGAGAGACCAUUUAAAUGUAAUGACUGUGGGAAAGCAUUUAGCCAGAUGGUGCAUGUCACAGAACAUCAGAAAAUCCAUAGUGGAGAGAAGCCCUAUAAGUGUGAUGUCUGUGGAAAAGCCUUCAGGAGGGGUUCAUACCUUACAGUGCAUUGGAGAACACAUACUGGAGAAAAACCCUAUACCUGUAAGGAAUGUGGAAAAGGUUGUAUUACCCUAUCACAGCUAACUCUACAUCAGAGAAUUCAUACCGGAGAGAGGCCCUAUAAAUGUGAAGAAUGUGGAAAAACCUUCAGAACAAACUCUGACUUUACUGUACACCUGAGGAUGCAUACUGGAGAAAAACCUUAUAAAUGUAAUGAAUGUGGAAAAGCCUUCAGGAGUAGUUCAAGCCUUACUGUACAUCAAAAAAUACAUCAGAGAGAAACUCAGUUAACAUAGAGAACAAUAAGUCAUUCAUCCAGAUGUCAGUGCCACAAGAUGAAUUUUAUAAGCUAUAUUUUAUGAAUGUGGGAAAACUUAAUUGAAAAUUCACAGAAAAUAUACAUUAAAGAGACACUCUAUAAACAUAAUGAAUGUGGAAAGCAUUUAAGCAUAUUAAAUCUUAGAAGUUAUAAGAAAAUUCCCACUAGAGAAAAAUAAUGGACAAAUGGAAGCCUUCAUUCAGAUGCCAUACUUUACUAUUCUUCAAAGUAUUUUCAAUUAAUUGCCUAUUUAUAUAUAUUUGCCUAUUUUUUGUUGGUUUAUUUGCCUUUUCUUAUAAACCCAGGCAUACUUUUUAUAUAUUUUAAAUACUAAUCCUUUGUUAUUUGUGUGGCAAAUAUUUUUCUUAAUCCAGCAUUUGUCAUUGUUUUUUAAUAAAGCCACAUUUUUAUUUUUAUAGUAAAAUAUUUAUAUCUUUUCCUUUUUAGAUUCUUGAUUUGCUCAUUUGAAUUGAAAGAGGUCUCCUUAACCCCUAGGUACUCUAAAUUUGUUUCUAAGAUUUUGAUAAUUUUAUUUUUUACAUUCAAGUCUUUAAUCCCUCUGGACUGAAUGAUUAUCUGUAGAAGAGCAACUUCAAAUGACUGUUAACCUACAAAAGGAUUUUGAAUCUAAAUAUUACCAGGGAAAUGCAAAUUAAAAUGACUAAUUAGAUGAAAUGUCCACUUGAUGGAGUUGGCAGAAAUUAAGAGAUCUUUUGCUAUUGAGGUUUGGUAAAUCAUUUACUCUUACUUAAAGAUUGUAUAACUUAUAUUUCCACCAGCAAUCCAGCAAUAUAUAUUUAAAAUGUUAACUAUAUAUAUAUAUAUGUAUAUACCCUUAGACCCAGCAGUCUCACUUUUGGGAAUCUGUCCCAUAGAAAUAAAAGCAGCAUUAAUUCAUAAGAAUAUAAAUAAAUAAGCAUGUUUAAUGAAAUAUUGUUUGUAGUAUGGGGGAAAGGCCCAACUGGAUACAAAAUGAAUGCCUAUGAAUAUGGGAAUGGUUGGAUAAAUUAUGAUAUAUCCAUAUUAUGGAACUAUGUGAGAGUAAUUUUAAAUAUGGGUUAUAUCUAUAUCUAUACUAGCUGGCUUUAGUGUAUUUCCACGAUGUUUUGAUAAAUAAUGCUUUAUAACAGAAAUGUAUAUAUACAAUAUUCCAUUUUUGUUAAAAUAAUCACACGGUUAUUAUGUAUUUUAAAUAUUUAUGUGAUUAGCACAUGGAGGUAGGUAUGGAAGAAUAUAUACCAGGCUGUUAAUAUUUAUUACCUUGAGAGAAGUGAGAAAAGAAGUAGAGAUAAGGGGGGAGUGAUUGUAAAAAUAGAAAAAUGUAAAUGCACCAUGUUAAUAUAAAGCUGUGAAUGUAAUAUUAUGUAUUUAUAUGAAAUUUUGAGAGAGACAAAUGAAGGGCUGGUCUCUAAAAAUUUACUGGUGGUUGUUUCAGUGUUGGUGGAGUAUCCAUUGUUUUUUAUUUGUUUGACUUUCUUUUUCUGUAUUUUUAAGUUUUUCUAUACAGUGCAUAUAUAAUAUUUACAUAAAUAGGAAAAACCUUUUUUGUUGUGAAGCUAAUUUAUUGGACACCUACUAUGUGCAGGAACCUACCCUAGCUGCUGGAUACACAUUGGUGGGGGAGAGCUGUUCAUGCACCUGAGAGUAUGGGAAUUGGUUCUGAUGUCACCUAAAUUCCAAAAAAGUUACUAAGCACCUUAAUCCUAUCACCCAUGGGUUUCAUUUGUAGAAGGUGAUGGAAAUUAAAGAUAGAUGAAAAUAGAUUGAAGAAUAUCUGGAACUCACGUCCAGGCUUUAGACCAGACAAGGCUCAGAAACUAGUCUCACUUUCAACAUGGCACCAAAGGAAAGGUCAUAAUGGCAAAAGAUGGUGAAUUUGCAGAAGGGUCUGUGUACAGCUUCCGACCUUUGCAUGAUGAAGUAUACAGAGAGGAAACAGCCAAUAACUCCCAAGUCUGUAAAUGAGGGCUUGGAAGUUCUGGGAAUACUAGGGAAUAUUCCAACUAGGAGAGGCCUAUAUUCAAAAUGGGAACCCAGAGGCUGUGGCCUGAUACCAGAAGGCCCUAACAGGCCAUGGACUGGAUAUCCAAAAAGGACAAGGCAUGGUAAGCUACAUUUGAUAGAGCCUAAGAAAAGAUCAAAAAUCCCUCCCACAAUGCCAGGGUAAAUAUGUACUUAAUAUUGGGAAGAGGAUAUUGGAUGAAAUGAUAUGAACUGUCUCCCAUUAUAAAUGAAUAAUUUAACAUUGUAGUUAAAGUGAUAAUUUCUGAUUGGAUUUUAUUAUAAUAGUGAAAUUUAUUAGCCUCCAACUCCUGGGCUCAGUCAAUCCUAGCUAGGACACUAGAAGUGCAUCCCACCAUGCCUGGCUAAUUUUUUUUAUUUUUCAGAGUCAGAGUCUCACUAUAUUAUCCAGGCUGGUCUCAAACU